AUGGCCGCCAACGCUGCUCCCGGCGCUGUUGACCAGCUCGCCAACGACCUCAACAACACCUCUCUCAACGGCGGUGAUGCCAAGGCUCCUGCUGUCGACACCGGUGUCGCUGCCGCCGCUGACGAUGCUGCUGCUCCCACCCCCACUUCCGCUGCUCCUCACCCCCAGAACUCUGCUUCUCUCUACGUCGGCGAGCUUGACCCCUCCGUCACUGAGGCUAUGCUUUUCGAGCUCUUCUCCCAGAUUGGUGCCGUUGCCUCUAUCCGUGUCUGCCGUGACGCCGUCACCCGCCGCUCCCUUGGUUAUGCCUAUGUCAACUACAAUGCUACUGCUGAUGGCGAGAAGGCUCUUGAGGAGCUAAACUACACCCUGAUCAAGGGUCGCCCCUGCCGCAUCAUGUGGUCUCAGCGUGACCCUGCUCUUCGCAAGAACGGCCAGGGCAAUGUUUUCAUCAAGAACCUUGAUGUCGCUAUUGACAACAAGGCCCUUCACGACACCUUCGCUGCUUUUGGUAACAUUCUGAGCUGCAAGGUCGCCCAGGACGAGAAUGGUAACUCCAAGGGCUAUGGUUUCGUUCACUACGAGACUGAUGAGGCUGCCUCCCAGGCCAUCAAGCACGUCAACGGCAUGCUUCUCAACGAGAAGAAGGUUUACGUCGGCCACCACAUCCCCAAGAAGGACCGCCAGAGCAAGUUCGAGGAGAUGAAGGCCAACUUCACUAACGUCUACGUCAAGAACAUUGCGCCUGACGUUACUGAGGAUGAUUUCCGUGAACUCUUUGAGAAGUUUGGUGACGUCACCUCUUCCUCCCUCGCCCGUGAUCAGGAGGGCAAGAGCCGAGGUUUCGGUUUUGUCAACUUCACCACUCACGAGGCUGCCUCCAAGGCUGUUGACGACCUCAACGGCAAGGAUUUCCAUGGCCAGGAUCUAUACGUUGGCCGCGCCCAGAAGAAGCACGAGCGCGAGGAGGAGCUCCGCAAGUCUUAUGAGGCUGCUCGCCUGGAGAAGGCCAACAAGUACCAGGGCGUUAACCUCUACAUCAAGAACCUCGAUGACGAUGUUGACGAUGAUAAGCUCCGCCAGAUGUUCUCCGAGUUCGGUCCUAUUACCUCCGCCAAGGUGAUGCGUGAGACCCCCACGGAGGGUGAUGAGGACAAGAAGGAGGAGACUCAGGAUGACAAGGACAAGGAGAACAAGGAGGAGGCCAAGGAGGAGGCUAAGGACGAACCCAAGGAGGACGAGGAGGCUACAGAUGACAAGAAGACUGAGAAGAAGUCGGACAAGAAGCUCGGUAAGAGCAAGGGCUUCGGAUUCGUCUGUUUCAGCAACCCCGACGAUGCUACCAAGGCUGUCGCUGAGAUGAACCAGCGUAUGAUUAACAACAAGCCUCUGUACGUCGCUCUGGCCCAGCGCAAGGAUGUUCGAAAGAGUCAGCUUGAGGCUAGCAUCCAAGCUCGCAACCAACUCCGUAUGCAGCAGGCCGCCGCCGCCGCCGGUAUGCCCCAGCAGUACAUGCAACCCCCUGUCUACUUUGCUCCUGGCCAGCAGCCCGGCUUCAUGCCUCAGGCUGGUCGUGGUGUUCCUUUCCCUCAGCCUGGCAUGGGAAUGCCCGGUGUUCAGGGUGGCCGUCCCGGUCAGUUCCCUGGCUACCCUCAGCAGGGUGGCCGUGGUGGUGUUCCUCAGCAGAUGCCUCCCAACAUGUACGGCAUGCCUGGCCAGUUCCCUCCCCAGUUCGGCCAGCCUGGUACUCCCCAGUUCAUGGCUGCUAUGCAGGCCCAGCAAGCCGCUCUUGGUGGCCGUGGCGCUCCUCAGGGUGGUCGUGGUGGUCCUCAGAACAUGCCCGGUGGCCCUCCCAUGGCUGGCGGUAUGGCUGGUUUCCCUCCUAACAACCGCCAGCAGGGUGGCCGAGGUGGACCUGGACGUAACGGCAACGCACCUCAAGGUGGUCGUGGUGCCGAGGGUGCCGGCCCUAAUGUGCUCCAGCAGCAGCUUGCUGCCGCUCCUCCCGCUCAGCAGAAGCAGAUCCUCGGUGAGCUGAUCUUCCCCAAGAUCCAAGCCAUUAAUGGUGAGCUUGCUGGCAAGAUCACCGGUAUGCUUCUGGAGAUGGACAAUGCCGAACUUGUCAACCUUAUCGAGGACGAUGCCGCUCUCAAGGCCAAGGUCGACGAGGCCCUGGCUGUUUAUGACGAGUACGUCAAGGCUCAGGGCAGCGAGGGCGGUGAGCCCAAGAAGGAGGAAGAGACCAAGGCUUAA